UUUCCUUUUGGCAGACGCUUGCCGUGCGAUAUCUAUUGGCAUGGGGUAUCGUUCCAUGAUAAUGAUAUAUUCUCAGGUCAAGUCAACAAGUUUCCAGGCAUGACGGAGAUGGUACGUAAAAUUACACUGAGUCGGGCAGUGCGAACAAUGCAAGAUCUGUUUCCUCUCGAAUAUAACUUCUAUCCUCGAUCCUGGAUUCUGCCAGAAGAAUUUCCCCUCUUCGUGGAUGAGGUUCGUAUGAUGAAAGACAGCGAUCCAUCCUGGAAGCCCACUUUUAUUGUAAAACCCGAUGGAGGGUGCCAGGGGGAUGGAAUCUACCUCAUUAAGGACCCAAGUGACAUCAGACUGACGGGAAGCAUCCAGAGCCGGCCAGCUGUGGUCCAGGAAUAUAUUUGCAAACCACUGCUUGUUGAUAAACUGAAAUUUGAUAUUCGUCUUUAUGUCUUAUUGAAAUCUUUAGAACCCUUAGAGAUUUAUAUAGCCAAAGAUGGACUUUCUAGAUUUUGUACAGAGCCCUAUCAAGAACCCACCCUAAAAAAUUUGCACCAGGUUUUUAUGCACUUAACCAACUAUUCACUGAAUAUCCAUAGUGGGAAUUUCAUCCAUUCUGACAGUGUAAACACUGGCAGCAAGAGGACUUUUUCAAGUAUCCUGUGCAGACUGUCUUCCAGAGGAGCUGAUGUCAAAAAACUGUGGUCAGAUAUAAUUUCACUGGUGAUCAAAACAAUUAUUGCACUGACCCCCGAACUGAAAGUUUACUAUCAGUCUGACAUACCAUCAGGAAAGCCUGGACCAACUUGCUUCCAGAUUUUGGGGUUUGACAUUCUCCUGAUGAAAAACUUGAAGCCCAUGUUACUCGAAGUAAAUGCAAACCCCAGCAUGAGAAUAGAACAUGAGCAAGAGCUUUCUCCUGGAGUGUUUGAAAAUGUCCCAAGCCCUGUUGAUGAAGAAGUGAAAGUAGCUGUUAUCAGAGACACUCUUCGUCUAGUGGACCCUCAGAAAAAAAAGAGAAAAGAUACCCAGUGUCAGCCUUUGGAGCACGUGUCGGAAGCAACGGAAGAGCUGCUGGAGGCAGCCCCGGGGGACAGACGGGAGUCCGACAGCCCCAGGAGCGCGGGGGCUGCCCUCCCCUCCCUGUGCCUCAAGCAAGUCUUUCCCAAGUACGCGAAGCAGUUCAACUACCUGCGGCUUGUGGACAGAGUGGCUGCCUUGUUUAUCCGGUUUCUUGGUGUAAAAGGGACAACGAAGUUGGGGCCAACAGGUUUCCGAACGUUUAUAAGAAACUGCAAACUGAGUAACAGCAAUUUUUCAAUGGCUUCCGUAGACAUCUUAUAUAUUGAUAUCACGAGAAGGUGGAACAGCAUGGGAAUCGACCACAAAGAAUCAGGAAUGUGUUUGCAAGCCUUUGUCGAAGCUUUCUUCUGCCUGGCUCAGAAAAAAUACAAGUCCCUCCCACUUCACGAGCAAGUGGCAUCGCUGAUUGACUUCUGUGAGUAUCACCUGGCUGUGCUGGAUGAAAGGCGCCUGGUUUGUGGCCGCGGGACCGUGGAGCGCCGAAGUGCAGUUGUUCCUUGUCAGACAGAUGGACUUCACCUUCCACCAGCUGCACAUACACCCCUCCUGAAUCGCACGGCCACGGCUAGUAAAUUUGCAGAUUAUAGAAGUCAUCGCUAG